AACGAGAACGACACCAACGCCUGUAAUACGCUCGCGAGAGUUCUCCCUCUUCCUCUGCUCCAAGCCCUGCGGCCAUGGCGUCCUCUGUUUUUGCGGGAAACCUGCGAAUUCCAGAAUCUCUCUUGUACUCGCCUCCGAAACCCAGGUCUCAGCUUGUUGUUCCACCUCCUUCUCUUUCCACCGCUGCUAAUUCACCCGUCCGCUCUCCUUCGACUGCUGCUUCGAUUCGCUCUCGAGGAUUCGCUCGCCGGAGCGAAGUGGUCCGGUCCCAUGUCGUUGCGAGAGCCUCUGCCUCCGACAUCAGUCCCGACGUCAGCAACGCCCUCGGCGAUGUUCGCAUCUUCACCGCUGCCGGCCAGCCCGUAAUGUUCAAGGAUCUCUGGGACCAGGAUGAGGGAAUGGCUGUCGUGGCGAUGUUGAGACACUUCGGUUGUCCAUGCUGCUGGGAGCUCGCUUCGGCUUUGAAAGAAUCGAAAGCCAAGUUCGACUCUGCUGGUGUGAAAUUGAUUGCUGUUGGUGUCGGGACUCCUGAUAAAGCCCGCAUUCUUGCUGAACGGUUACCAUUCCCGAUGGAUUGCCUUUAUGCUGAUCCUGAGCACAAGUCGUAUGAUAUUCUGGGCUUGUAUUAUGGUCUUGGCCGCACAUUCUUCAAUCCAGCAAGUGCAAAGGUCUUUUCCAGGUUCGAUGCUCUUCAGAAAUCUGUGAAGAAUUACACUAUUGAGGCGACUCCAGACGACCGCAGUAGUGUUCUGCAGCAGGGUGGAAUGUUUGUCUUCAAGGGAAAGCAAUUGUUAUAUGCCCGUAAAGAUGAAGGAACUGGAGAUCACGCCCCUCUAGAUGAUAUUUUGGAUAUCUGCUGCAAAGUCCCAGUAUCAUGAAAGUUCUUGCUACACAUACGUACACACAAAUACAGUAUCACACUUGUAUGACAAAAUAUACUUCUUCUAGAAAUAUGUAUUUACGAUAAUGAACUCCCAGCUAAUAUAAUUGAUGAGAUGCUUGCUCAGACACCAGUUUAAUCUUUCAAUUUUGGAUGACUGCUGAUGUUGAUUGUACAGAAGGGUUUAGCAUUGAUCACACAUUUGCAA